AUGCCACGCACGCGCACGAAAGCGGGAGGAGGCCCCCAAGCGGCGCGGAGGCGGCAACCUGUUGAGCCCGAAGUGACGGUGGUGGAGAGGCCGCUGCCGAUAUCGCUGGAGGAUCUGUUUAAGGGGACGCAUAAGAAGAUGAAGUUCCAGCAGAAGACGUUUGAUGCCGAAGGGAAAAGGACGACGAAGGAUCGGAUUCUGGAGAUGGAUAUUAAGCCGGGGCUGAAGAAGGGGAGUAAGAUUAAGUUUCAGGGGGUGGGGGAUCAGGAGGAGGGGGGGAGGCAGGAUUUGCAUUUUAUUGUUGAGGAGAAAAAUCACCCCCUCUUCACCCGCGAAGGCGACGACAUCGUCCUCCCCCUCGAACUCGACCUCAAAGAAGCCCUAACAGGCUGGAAACGCACCGUCACCACCAUCGACGGCAAGAACCUCGUCAUCGACAAGGGAGGCCCCACGCAGCCGGGCAGCAACGACACGUACCCCGAUCUGGGGAUGCCGAAGAAGGGGGGGGGGAGGGGGAACUUCGUGGUGAGGUAUAAUGUUAAGUUUCCGGGGACGUUGACGGGGGAGCAGAAGGAGAAGUUGAAGGAGAUUUUGUAG